GGCUGUUGAAUGGCUGAGGGAGGCGUCCGUCAGGCCGGGGCGGUGCCUGGUGCCGGCCGGUGUGUGAGCGCGGCUGCCCGGCCCGGCCCGGACGAUGCAGUCGCUGCUGGCCUGCGGCCGGCUGCUGGCCCGGGCGCUGCUGGGGAGCGGCGUCCGGCGGACCCACAGGCGGGAGUACCGGCUCCUCACCGUCGGCUGCGGCUUCGGCAAAGACCGCGGCAAGGGUCUGGGCUACGGGGACGACGCCUGUUUCGUGGCCAGUCACAGGCUGGCGGACGUGCUGGGAGUUGCAGAUGGUGUUGGAGGAUUGGAUUAUGGUGUGGAUCCAUCUCAGUUUUCGACUACGUUGAUGCAAACUUGUGAACGGCUUGUUCAAGAAGGACUGUUUGUUCCCAGUAACCCAGUGGGCAUCCUGAUGGCCAGUUACAAAGAAAUGCUUCAGAAUAAGGUUCCGUUGUUGGGUAGCAGUACUGCUUGUCUUGUAAUUCUGGACCGAGAGAAACGCUGUUUAUACACAGCUAAUUUGGGAGACUCUGGCUUUCUCAUAGUGCGUGAUGGGAGGAUCAUACAUAGAUCAGAUGAGCAGCAGCAUUACUUCAACACUCCCUUUCAGCUAGCAAUCGCACCCCCCGAGGCCCAAGGUUCAAUUCUCAAUGACAGCCCUGAAACAGCAGAAGGCUCCACAUUCAAUGUAGAAGUGGGCGAUAUCAUUCUUACAGCAACAGAUGGGCUCUUUGACAAUAUGACUGACUACAUGAUCUUGCAACAGCUAAGACGGUUGAAGGAUUCUAAUUACGAGAGCAUGAAAGAAACGGUGCAAAACAUAGCAGAACAAGCCCAGCAGUUGGCGUAUGACCCAAACUACAUGUCGCCCUUCGCACAGCGUGCCUGUGAGAACGGGCUGAACGUCCAAGGUGGCAAACCAGAUGACAUCACUGUGCUAUUGUCUGUAGUGACUGAGAGCAAAGAAUGAAGAGAGGAAACCUUUGCCUCGUUGGCUACAAGUGCCCAGCUGACACGCCUCAGAAGUGGCUCCUUAAUCUUUGCUGUGAGAAUCCCACAAAUCUCUGCUGGGCAUCCCGUUGGAAGCCAUCCUCAGAUGACCAAGUUCAAGGAAUUGCAAUGGUUGAAAUAUAGAGUGAACACUCAUUCUAAUCAGUUCCUGUCAUUUGAAAACAGUUACACUUUGCUCUUUAAUGCUUUUUGCAUCCUAGGAAGUAUGUAAAAUAGUUUGUCUCUAAAGUCGGUACCCCCUGCAUUAGCCUCUUUCAAACACCUUUUUACCACAUGAUGGUAAAGCCAUUCAGUGUCCUUGAUGACAAAUGAUUCCUGGAAAUUCAGCCUGCUAAAAGAUGUAUGUUUUUUAAGAAAAUAUUUUGUCAAACAAAUACAAUGCACUCUUGGAUCACCUCAACUUACCAAAAGCCCCACUGGAAGAACCUAAAUGUAUUUGUUUUUAAAAUAUACAUUAGGGUGAGACUUUAAAAUAUGCAUUAGGGUUUAUGAUCUAGGGUGCACAUUGUACUUUGCCAACAUCCUUUGACCAGGAUGGACUGGAGGGUUAGUUUUUGGCUCAGACUCUCUGGGAGAGGAGCUGUAAGUUGGUCCAGCUAAGUACUACAUCAGAGAAUGAGUGACAGCAGAGUGGAGUACGUUUUAAUAUGAGCUAGCUUUGAUGCACUGGUGCCUGCUGGAACAUGCAAAUUGUUUCCAGACACAACUUAUCAGAUCUUGACUGGCAGCUAAACAGUGCCUAAUAACCCACUGUACUGAGAAACAGCCUGGGUGCACAAUCCUUAUCGUGGCUGCCCCCCCCCCCCCCCCAGUGCUCUUCUUAAACAAAAGUGCUCCGUGGCCCCCUCGACCUCUGAGCAAUGGAUUGUUCUGAUCUGAAGUUGUUUUCUAGAAUUGUUUAUGAGCAAUCCAUAUAAAGUUCAGUGGGUGGAACCUCUGCUCGUUGACAAUUAUUGUUCAUUCGUUUAAGUUACAAAAUCCUCAAGUGGACAAAAUUACCACUUGGACCUCAUCCGGAAUCGGUAAUAUAACCAAGACAAGAACACUCUCCAUGAACCAUCGUUCUGGGCUUGACAUUGAUUUGUACAGCAGGCCAAUUGCUCCGUGCUAGUGUUUCACUGCAGAACAGAGUGUGCAGCAGCGAGAAGACAGAUCUUUGGAGUCUGAUGUUUGGUCCGUCUCAUUGUGGAACUGAACUAGAUCAGCAUUUGGCUCUCAUGGUUAACUUAUAUUCUUGAUCGUAUUCUUAAAACUGCAGAUGAUUAGGUUUUGUUCCAGAUGUUUUAUUUGGAGAGUUGUUAAAAGAAAUUAUACUUAAAUCUCUUCGACAGCUGGUUAUUUGCCUUGACAAUCUUCAUUUGAAGGAAAUAAGAUGAGCAGAAGCUGCUUGAUGAUUUUUGUGGCCAACAUUUAUAUUCUUGAUGUUGUAAUCACAGUUUCAGUUUGUUAUGAGUUCUUCCAGCACUGUCAAAUGCUCUCCUGUAUCAGGGUAACAGUUAACUGAAGAUGUAAUGAUGGAGUAGGUGUUGGUUGGACUGCUUGCUCAGUUCACUGGAUAUUGGAUGGUCCACUAGGGAUGUUUGCUGAAGGCCACCAGUGGGAAAUGGCCCAUUCUUUGGCUGUUCACCCUACAGGCACCAAGACUAUCUGCUUCUCUCUCCUGGUCUGUGUUGGUCUACUGGCAACUGCACUGAACUUGGAGGAACAUAGAAAUUAGAACUUAGAGCAGAUUUUAGAAUCAUGAAAAUUUGCAAAACAGGGCAAGGCCAUUGAAAAGCAAAAAUGCUACAGAUGCUAGAAAUCUGAAAUAAAGCCAGAAAAUGCUAGAAAUACUCAGCAGGUAAAGCAGCAUCAGGGGAGAAGAGUGGGGAAGAGAGGGUUAAUGUCUCGUGAUGACCUGUCACAGAACUUGGAAAAGUUGGAAAUCAAAUGUUUUGAGGUGCAGAGAAUGCUGAUACAAACCAGAUAAGAUGGUGACAUGGGGCUGUGGAUCCUGCAGCCAGGUAGGAGGUGAGAUGCUCUUCCAUGAGCUUUGUUGGAAAGUCGGGUCAGAGUGGGAUGGUGAAUCAAAGUGGCAGGUCGCUGGGGCUCCCGGGCAGGCUGAACGAGGGUGUUCUGCAAAGCUACUGCUUCAACAACUCUUGAACUCUGAUACCCUGGGUCUUUCAUCCCCUUCAUGUUCCUCUUGCCCUGUUCAGUGUUCACUUCUGAUCUUCCCCUCCGCCUAUCCCUCACCAAAUAAUUUGCCUUCAGCAGAGGUCUCAGUUUCAUCUUCCCAAGUCCCCGUCUGAGCCCGGUGUGAAGCUGAGCUCUCCCGCUGCCUCUGCACCCAUUUCUUUGGCCAGUGUCUUCAGCUUAGACUGGGGGCCUUUUCUGCUAUUUCUAGAAUUCCUGAUGCAGCUGAAUCCCUCGUCCUGGCCUCUUACCUUCUCGAACUAUUCAUCACUAACUGCUGGUAUAAUAUUAGUUCUUUUGUUCUGCUGCAUGUACUCCUGAACUUGCUGUGCUGUGACACCUCCUCAGUUGGUGCUGUCAUUGUCUGUCUCACUUACCACUUAACAGAGGCUGCAGGCACCACCUUGUACCUCUGCCUGGGCUGUGACCCCACCACUGAACGCUACGUUGUUUCCUUUCCCUCAACAACUUCCAGUCUCAUGAUUCUCCCACCACACACAGCCUACUUCUCCUUUCUUCCCAAGAUCCCCAGUCAGGACUGUCCUGAUAGAUCCAAUGUUUCAGGCAGUUGUCGCACAGAAUUUGCUCCCUCCCACCCAGCUUUAUUCUUUGCUUCCUGCCAUUGAGCCAGUUUCAGAUCCAUGUGGCUACUCUCUGUUGGAUGCCCCUUGCCUUGACUUUCUUGCCCAGCCUGCCAUGCAGCACCUUGUGAGCCUUGCUGAAGGACAUCGGUGAUUGCACUGGGUCCAUCGACUGAGUGAACAAAAUGCAGGUGGUGGUGGUUCAACAGAAGUUUCAGCAGCUUGUAGUAAUUGUUGGUGUAGGAUGGAGUAUACUUUACCCUGGUCAAACAAGGCUCUCGCAGACAGCAGCUACAGAGACUGUCUUCACAAAAAAAGUUGCACCAAAGUUUGUCGUUUUGUAGCUUUUCAAGAACUGUGUGAUAUGCAUUAUCUUAAAAUUGUGACGAGCUGCUUGUGGACUCCUGGCAUUUUAAGACCCUGCAUUUCACCAGUAACCUGAAGGGAGCUAUAGGGUGCUGGUUCGCAGAGUCUCUGCAGCAUUGAAAGCAGGAGGGCUUGCUCCAGAGUAUCUGGUCUUUCACCCUGUGAAGGGCAAAGUCUGCCUUUGCCCUGUUGAUCCGUGUAUUUUUCAGCCUCUAACCAGAUUAGGUCAGCAGCAUGUAGUGCAGAAGGUCAGGAAUGCACAAGGGAAACAUUCUUAUGUGAAGGGGAGAAAAGUACAAUUAAAAUAACUAUUGUUAAUAUUUUGAUAUGGGAAUUUAGAAUUGCAGUUUAAUUCACUGGGAUAAAUUGCGAGAUGAAAGCUUGAGAGAGAAGCAGAUGAACUUCGUGCUGCAAUGGCAUUGUGACUGUUUCACACAUUUCUCUGCUCCCCAUUGGAGAAAGAUACAAGGUGUAGCUUGGCUAAGAUUUGUUAUUCUUCUGGGAUGGAAGAGUUACUGCUGUUGAAUUGAGCCAUUGAUAUUGCUACAGCAAUAUACAGUAUCUGUGAGUCUCUAUAUAUAAUUUGUUUGCAUAUGCCAGACACAUGCACUACCUGUGUGGAUUUGUACAGGUGCUUUUCAGGUUUGGUUCUGCUGCAGUCUUCAGUUUUAAAAAGACAAGCCCAAUUUUUAUUUGUUCAAUUUAUUUAAUCUAGUGGCAGAUCAUAAGGAAUUAGAUAUCUUUGCACAAUGAUGGGAGCACUGCACUUGAAACCUUUAGAACAUACCUUGAUCUGUUGUAUAGAUCUCAAAUGUUGUAACUGAAAUACGUGAUGCCAUUCAUUUUGUCUAUGCUGAGUAGUAUUGUGCUAUUACCAGAUGUACUAAUCCACCUCUACUUGAAGAAUGGGCCAUCCAGUGAGAAAUGUAUUAUUGCUACGUUAUGGUACAAUAUUACUACGUGCGCCAUCCAAAGAUGUCAAUCAAUUGUUUGAUAUACAAGGAACACUUUUUGCAAUUGCUGCAGCAUGUCUAUACCAGGGAAGAGAAUGGAUCUGCAGUCUCUUACUGUCUCACAAUUUCAUUUUGUUCGCUCCUGCAGGUCUCUCUGGCUUGUUUGAAAGCAAGGUCUUUAUAAACUUGUUUAUAACCGUACACACCUUCAGUUAAUCCCUUGGUUUAAAGAGAAAUUUUAACAGCUGCAACGCAUGGAUCCAUUGGCCGGAGGCUUGGCCUGUGUGUCCACAAACCUUGGUUUUCUGGGUUCAGACAUCUCUCCAUCUGGUGUGCAAUGAACGCCAUUCAGUUCAUAAUUUUCUUAAGUGGAAAUUCUCUUGAAGAGAGAUCUAUUUCUUGCCCUGUAAAAUAAAAUAAAUCACUGGCAAUAUAGGAUUGAGGAGUUUUACUAAAAUCUGUUUAAAAUGAAGAAAGAUAUUGCACAUAUUUGCAUAACUGAAUAAUGUUAAAAUUGUAGGAUUUAUUGAUUAAAAAUUGCACUAACCAGGAAAAUAACUUAAGCAAUGGAAAUUGAGAGUAACAUAAAUUUGUGUUGCAAAAAUUGAAAUGAAGUGUGUUUAAGUUGAGAAUGCUGAGAUCAGGCAUAGACGUCUAAAAUAGCAAAUAUAUGUGAAAGUAUUAGGGUAGCCAUGGAAUUUAAUGGUGAGACUUUUCCUUAUUGUAAAGGAAAAUUGAGCCCCAUUCCUCACUUUAUCUCCUGGGGAUCUGUGCUCAAAGUGAACGCAGAACACAGGCAGCAUUGUCGUUGUGCUUGUCCGGCUCUUUCUGCAGGAAACAAGAGGUUGUGAAGUUACUUUUAUUGUGCCGAGGAGAGGAAAUCAUUCUUAUUAUAAAAAAAGACCGGUUGUAGCAAAUGAGAGAGCAAAGUAGAUCUGGUUAUUUUUUGGUUUUGGUACAUUUUAAACUGUAAUUGAGAUCUAGCUGAUCCCAGGAACAUCCUCGGCUAAAGAACGUUAAUGUAGAUCACAUACAGCAUACAGAACAGUACUUGACAAGAUUGUCAAUGCUUCAUUUUCAAAUGAUCUCUAGUCUCUAGUGAAUGAGUUGGGCGUGUCAAAGGAGCUGAUGUAAUACAGAGAUUAACCAUGGGCUCCGUAUUUAGAUCUAAUUCACCAUUGCCUAUAAAAGUACACAAAAGCUCAUCCUUUUGUUAUUCUGAGAGAGCUCUCUAAAAUAAGGUAAAUCUGAUGAACAGAACUGUCUGGAAGCGUGUAAAUAAAAGAGAGAUGAUGGGAAUGGGGUAAACAGUCUAAAGUCAGAAACUUCAUUGGAAGAGUUUGAUCUUGUUCAUUUUAAUAUGAACAAGAACAAUCAAAUAUACCCACAAUAUUUUUGUGAUCCGGUGCUUCAAUGUCCUUCCAUCAUCCCUUCAUUCUGUAUCUCCAUCUCCCUCCAUCUGCGUGUAGGUGCCCACCUGUCUGCCUCGCUAUCUUCCCUCCCACUCUCUGCCGCGAUCUUCUCGAUCAGCUGCCCCCUUCCCCCUGCCAAGUAUCUUCCCCCCUUGUCCCCUCUUCUUCCUCGGUUUGCCAGCUCUCCUGUUUCCCCCUUUUCCUCGUUCCCCCUUUCCCAUUUCCUCUUUCCUGCUUUUAGCAAAUGGCAGUAGAUGCUUAUUAUAUUUCGUUCCCAAAAAUCAGUAGCUUUACUACAAAGCCCAAAGUUGUAUGUUUCAGUGCAGGUGACUGACCGUUUUCUAACCCCAUGUUCACACAUCCCACAGUGAAGCUAAGAGCCACCAACUAUUUCAGAGUUGUGCACUGAUCAGUUGAGCUUUCACUUCCUAUUGAGAUUCUUUAAUUCUGAUAUAUCUGUGGAUGCUGAAAAAUUGUCUUUUGAGAAGUUUUGUAUACUUCUGUUUUGGUGUCAGGAGGAGAUUUAGUCGUGCAGGCAUGGUUUCUGGUUCUUCCACAACUGAUAUCUUUGGAAAUAUACUUUGGCUCUAAUAGCCAAAUGGGUUAAAAUUCAUUAGUAUAACUAUCAAAAGAAUAAAAUUGCUGCAAGUUUUAUGUUUAAUUUUCUUUUCUUGUGCCAGGUUAGUUUAACUGAGUGCUUUCUGUAGACUUGGCAGCCAUUAACUGCCUGGUUUGGGGACCAACCUCUUGCUUUUCUGUGCACUUUUCUAGCAUUUGGCUUUCAGUCAAUUUCUGCUUCCUCAUUCAGUGGAAAUUUGGAGAACUCUCAUGUCUCACUGGGUUUGCAAAUGUUGCAGUUGAUCAGAUUAACUUGGGCUGUUGUUGACUCUCUGGGUAAAUGAUGAGUGGGUUUGUGCUCAUCUGGCCCCUUCACCUGGAGCUGCUGCCUCUGCCCGCGCUUAGCUAGUGCCAGUGGGACACCGGUGGGCUGCAGCUUCAAUACUUCUAACAUCUCUAAUAUUCAGACAUUUAAGAACUAAAAUGGAUUCAGAAAAUCGGAACUUUGAUGUUAAAAUGUGCAUGUGUACUAGUCCUGAAUACCAGUGGUACCACUGGGAACUGCUGUCAAUACCAUGGUCUGCAGCUCUACACUUCCAUAAGGAAGAGCUGCCUUUGGAAAGAAACACUUGAAAUGUCCUUUUUGAGACAUAGGAUUUUUUAAGUCUUCCAGGCAGUGGGACUCUGAAUCAAGGACCAAAUAUUUCAGAGCGAUCAGAGAUGUAACCUCCUACCUGAUCUUACAGAAUAGAAGUCAAUACUUAAAAAGAUGACUUUAUAAAGCCAAAGUUUUGCUUUACAGGAAGUGGGCAGCUUUAACCUUGCAGAGUCAUGAGAAACCCUCAAACUGAUGGAUCCAUGUAAAAAAGUGACUGUGUUUGUAAAAUGUUGUGGUUUCAUUCAAAAUUGAAUUCUUUUGCUUCAUUUACGAUCUAACCCGACAGUAAUGCUGGGUCACUGUGUUCUGUUCUUCACAACUGCAACAAAACCAAACUGAAAAGCACCAGUGGAAGUUUGCUUGGGUGCAGUUAUAUUGGUGUGUAAUGACUUACGGAAAGAGAUUGUUGAACUUGAAUUUUUUGUCUUUAUCUGUAAUCUGAAAAUCAAGCUGUUAAUUUUUCUUUGUAUCCAAUGUUUUAAAAUUUAGGUUUGUUGAAAUUGUUCAAGUAUGACAUUCAUAAGUUAUGAACUGUAAAUCUAUUGAACAAAUUAUAAUCUUUAUUUAUUUAAA